GAGCCAUUCUACACCAGUCAUUAGUUCUUCUCUUCGUAAUUCAACCUUGCGCUACUCCCUACUUUCUAGUAUAUUCUCUGCGGAAGAUCGCCCCCUCCAUUAACGAGCUCGAAAAUCUGCCAACCCAGUUCUCGAACUCUGGAUUUUGGAGCUUAAAGAUGAAAGCUUUAUUCGCUGUCCGCUGCUCUUCUUCGUCAGUCGGCUUCACUUAUCUCCUCUCUAAACCCGUUUUACCCUCUUCCAGAAAUCGGCUCUUCCUCCCUGACAAAGCAUUCUUUUUCUGCCGGGGGAUAUUUGGUACUAGGGUAGAUGGAUUAUCCGCGGCAAGAUCAGUGCCACCAACAUUGCUCACUGCAGAAAAGGAAGAAGCAAAAGCUGUGCUAGCCUUGUUCUUGAAGAACCAGGGUGUGAGCAAGUCAGUCGCUUCGAGAACUGUAAACAAAUCGGAUGUCUUCAUCGACCAUCUCAUUUCCAGGCUACAUUCUGUUCACAAAUCUCGGUAUCUAGUAGGAAGAGAACUCACAACUCUUGAGAUUAGGGACGCUCUCAUUCCUUACCUUGAAUCGCUCCACGAAGAACACGGCAACGUUCUGGUUGAUGUUGUAGAGAACUUUCCAGACCCUCCGGUUAAAGAUAAACCUGCUGCUGCUGCUCUUCCUGCCAUUCCUCCUCCUGAAGUACCUCUCAGUUCGAAGAAGCUAAAAGCUGUGAGUCGAGUGAGCGAGAUAGGCCCAGCUGGUGACCUUCCACCUCACAUCCUCUACCUCAUAGAUCUCGGUUUGGACUUGGAAAAAAUCAAAGUGAUCACUAGAAAGUUCCCGGCUUUUGCUUACUACAGCUUGGAAGGCAAGAUCAAGCCGAUAGUUGAGUUCCUCAUCGAUCUAGGCAUACCUAAAGAAAACCUCCCAGUCAUCCUAACCAAAAGGCCACAACUCUGUGGGAUCAGCCUUUCAGAAAACAUCAUACCCACCAUGAGAUUCUUGGAAGAUUUGGGAGUCGACAAGGCACAAUGGGCAAAAGUGAUAUACCGGUUCCCAGCUCUACUUACUUACAGCAGGCAGAAGGUCGAAUCGACUGUGGAUUUCCUCUCAGAAAUGGGUGUCUCGGCUGACAGCAUAGGGAAGAUCUUAACUCGGGCACCAAACAUCAUCAGCUAUAGCGUGGAGGACAAGCUUCGUCCCACAGCAGAUUACUUCAGUUCUCUCAAUGUCGAUGUAGGCAUUCUUCUAUUCCGUUCUCCUUCAACGUUCGGUCUCAGCAUUGAGGCAAACUUGAAACCCAUCACCGAGUUCUUCUUGGGGAAAGGUUACACACGAGAAGAAAUCGGGAUCAUGAUCUCGAGAUAUGGAGCUCUUUAUAGCUUUAGCUUGGAGGAUAACCUUAUCCCGAAAUGGGAGUUCUUCCUCACCAUGGAUUACUCCAAGGACGAGCUUGUCAAGUUCCCACAGUACUUUGGCUAUAGCUUGGAGCACAGGAUCAAGCCGAGGUACGCUCUUGUCAGGGAGUAUGGAGUGAGAUUGCUUCUGAACCAGAUUCUUUCCCUGUCGCGUAGUAACUUCGAUAAGACCUUGGAGAAGAAGCUCAUGAUCAUGACCAAGAAGAAAGCUCUCUGAUUCGAAGAUGGAGUUUUGUUGUUUUGAUGUUCCUAAUCAUGGUUAUAGUUAGUGUCUUCUUGUUGUGCUGAUGUUUAGUUAGAGUCUACUGUCUGUAUGACUGAACUUGUAGUAGUAGUAGUAGUGCAGAUUCAGAUGAUGUUCAAGGUUGGAGGGAUUUUCUCUUCUUGUAUGAAACGUCUAGCGGGCCUAAUGGGCCGGAACCCAGAUUAAGCCCAAAGCAUAGGAGAGUGGCUGGGCCCGUGGGUUGUGGAUAAUUACAAAGCAAUAGGUUUAAAACGAGGGAUUGACACGCCAACUUAACACGAGUCAGAUUUUCACUGCUCCCAUGCCAUUUUUUUGGCUUCCCACCGAAACAGAAUUCGGUAAAUAUCCAAAUGAAAAAA